AUGCCGCUCCAGGAGGAGACGCUGCGGGAAGUGUGGGCCUCAGACAGUGGCCAUGAAGAGGACUGGCUGAGCCCGGAGCCCCAGCUGCGCCCCAAGCAGCGACCCACCCAGGGACAGAAGUUGAGGAAGAAGAAGUCUGAGACCCCCGAGUCUCCUGGAUCCAAGCCCCGAAGAGCUGGAGCUGGGCGCAAGAAGCUCGAGGAGCCACCGGCAGACCCCACCGAGGAGCACGCUGCGCCCACAGUCUACGCCAAGUUCCUUCGGGACCCCGAAGCCAAGAAGCGGGAUCCCCGGGAAACCUUCCUGGUUGCCCGCGCCCCAGAUAUGCGAGGCGGUGAGUUGAGGCAGAGGGAUCAGAGGGAUCCUGAUUCGGAUGAUGAGGAGGAGGAGGAGGAGGGCCAGGAGGGAAAAGAAGAGAAAAGCUCUCUGCCCCCCAGGAAAGCACCCAAGGAGAGAGAGAAGAAAGCCAAGGCCCUAGCCCCGCGGGGGGACCUCGGAAGCCCUGAAGCCCCCCGGAAACCGCUCCACCCCAAGAAGAAGGAGGCAGGGGAGGGGACCAAGCUGAAGAGGGCGAAGAAGAAAGGGGCUGGGGAGACCGACCAGGACCCCUCCAGGAGCCCAGCAGCCCUGAGGAAGAAAGUCCCAGCAGCCAUGUUCCUGGUUGGGGAAGGCGGCCCGGCCGAGAAGGGUGGGAAGAUGAAAGCGCCUCCCAAAGGCUCGGAGGACAAGAAGAAGGAGGACGAGGAGGAGGAGGGGGCAGAGGAGGGAUCGGCAGCGACGAGGAACAGCAACCAGAAGGGCAAGGCGAAAGGCAAAGGCAGAAAGAAGGUGAAGGAGGAGAGGGCCCCGUCUCCCCCUGUGGAAGUGGGUGAACCCCGAGAGUUUGUGCUACAGCCAGCGCCCCAGGGCAAGGCCGUGCGCUGCCGGCUGACUCGGGACAAGAAGGGCAUGGACCGCGGCAUGUACCCAUCGUACUUCCUGCACCUGGACGCGGAGAAGAAGGUGUUCCUCUUGGCCGGCAGGAAACGCAAGCGCAGCAAGACAGCCAACUACCUCAUCUCCAGAGACCCCACCAACUUGUCCAGGGGAGGGGAGGAUUUCGUUGGAAAGCUGAGGUCCAAUCUCCUGGGCAACCGCUUCACAGUCUUUGACAACGGGCAGAACCCACAGCGCGGCGGCGGAGGCGUGGACCUGGGGAGCCUGCGCCAGGAACUGGCAGCUGUGGUCUAUGAAACCAAUGUCUUGGGGUUCCGAGGACCCCGUCGCAUGACUGUCAUCAUCCCUGGAAUGAACUCAGACAACGAGAGGGUCCCUAUCCGGCCCCGAAAUUCCAGCGACGGGCUGCUGGUGCGCUGGCAGAACAAGACUCUGGAGAGCCUCAUCGAACUACACAACAAACCACCCAUCUGGAACGAAGACAGUGGCUCCUACACCCUCAACUUCCAGGGCCGGGUCACCCAGGCCUCGGUCAAGAACUUUCAGAUUGUGCACGCUGACGACCCCGACUAUAUAGUGCUGCAGUUCGGCCGAGUGGCUGAGGACGCCUUUACUCUGGACUACCGGUACCCGCUGUGCGCCCUGCAAGCCUUCGCCAUCGCCCUCUCCAGCUUCGACGGGAAGCUGGCCUGCGAGUGACCCCCACAACCCCUCAGCGCUGGGAAAGCACUCAGCUGGAGGUGGCAGGGUCCCUCCCGCAAGACCUCACAGAAGGGCUCACCCACCCCUCUGCCUCUCCGGGACCCCGCGCACCCCCCAGCCUGGCAGCGGCCAGGCGGAGCAGCUCUGGCGGGCUGGGAUGGAGAUACUGCUCAUCUGGUCGCACAGCAAUGCCUGCCUCGCUCGCCCCCCCUCCCUAGUCCUUCCUGCCCCGGAGUCCGAGUCAGACACUCGAGGCCCCCCUGGGCUCUCGCUGGGGCGGGGGGGGCACGGAGAAACAGGUCAGGGACCCACACCCCCAAUAAAGUCAGUUCCCGAACUGAA